AUGGAGGAGGAGCACGGUACGGGCCCCGCCAAGGCCUCAGGCGACGACGACUACGACGCCGCCGGCACCCGGCCGCAUCCCUACUACGGUUGCACCUUCUGCAGGAGGGGCUUCUCCAAUGCGCAGGCCCUCGGCGGCCACAUGAACAUCCACCGCAAGGACCGAGUAAAGGCACAGCCACCGCCGCCGCCGCCGAUGGCCUCGUCGUCUGUAUGCCAUGGUGGCAGUGGUGCUGCUGGUUACACCGUGCACUCGUCGCAGGCGCCGUCGGCGGAGAGGACGACGGCUCAAUGCCUCUUGGGCGAGGAUCUCGGGUUGGGACUGAGCAGUAGUAGUACUGGCCGCUAUCGCCGCCACCGCGACGCUACUGGCUCGGUGGCGCCAGGUGGUGAGGCGAGGAGGCAGGAGGUCGACGAAGACAAUGAGGUGGAUUUGGAGCUGAGGCUCGGCCACCAACCACAUUAUAAUAGACAUGCAGUGUAG